AUGGGCUCACAACCGGAGAAGGAGAAUGGACGUGUAGAUCUUCGCCCUGAGGAAGUAAUUGGAGAUCUGGGUUUCACGCCCAUGGUCAAAGUCGCCGACCCAUGGACUGUUGACAAGGUGGUCAAGGAGAUUCCUGGUGGUGCGCCUACCGAAGAGUCGUCUUCGCCGCUCCCUUUCUUUCACAUGCUCGAACGACUCAAGACUACCAAGCGAGAAGGAUGGAGGCGAUUUGGUAUCUCUAGAGGAGAGUCUAUCGCCGACCACAUGUAUCGCAUGUCUCUAAUCUCCAUGUUUGCGCCUCCCUCUCUCGCCCCGAAGCUCGACCUUCCCAAGUGCAUGAAGAUGUGUCUUAUUCACGACAUGGCGGAGCUUCUUGUCGGCGACAUCACACCCGUCGACGGCGUUCCCAAGCCCGAGAAGAGCCGACGCGAAGCGGAGACAAUGGACUUUUUGACCAAGAACUUGCUACGAAAUGUCGCUGGCGGCACCACAGGGGAGGACAUCCGCGCUAUCUGGCAGGAAUACGAGGACUCCGAGACCUUGGACAGUCACUUUGUGCACGACGUGGACAAGAUGGAGCUUCUGCUGCAGAUGGUGGAGUAUGAGAAGCGCGGUGAGGGCAAGGUCGAUCUUGGCGAGUUUGCGUACGUCGCGACCAGGAUGACACUGCCGGAGAUGAAGGCAUGGGGCCAGGAGGUUCUCAAGGAGCGGGAGGCUUUCUGGGGAAGCAAGGAGCAUGUCCAUGGAGAGCAGGGCAUUAAUGGAGGUGUUACAACUGAGCGCAAGGGCCAGCAGGACAACUACUACAACAAGGACUAA